AUGGGGUCAUCAAAACCUGAUGGGAGUCUCACUGACACCAGCUGCGACACGGGCAAUGAGUCUGCUCGCAACGUCACCCAAGACGAAUGUCAAAAUGAAAACAGCGCAAAAAUGAAGGAGAAAAAUGAUAAAGAGUUCGAGGAAGCCUCAGCGGUGGUGGCGCGGCACGUCAAGCUGCUGCGAGAGUACAACGAGAUCAAGGACGUCGGGCAACAGCUGAUGGGCAUGGUCGCCGAGAUGCGGGGGGUCACGGUUGGUAGCCUCUACCGGACGGGGGAGUUUGGUGUCGGGCCCAAGGACUGA